CAUGACCGGUCUGUCUAGAGUGUAUGGUGUAAUUUAACGUCCGACGUUUCUGUUGUUAACGGAAUGACAUUUCUGUGUUGCUAUCUAAUUUGAUGCAAACGACAGCUAUAUCCUCAUCAGGUUCUCGCUGACAGAUAUAUAGCACCGGAAAGCUUGUGACUUGCCAACAGAAGACAGAAGACUCACAAUGGCAGGAUAUCGUCUUAUGUUCACACUGGGCUCUGCCUUGCUCAUGCUGGUCUGUGCCGAGGCUGUGAAUGCACGGUUCCACAGUCGGGAUUUUAACAACGCAGUCUCGUCCUGCCCAUCUGGGAAAUAUUACGAUUUGAAACUGAAGGAAUGCCGCAAAUGUUCCUUCUGCCCUGUGAAUGAAAUCGUGCGUCGUCCAUGUCACAAACACCGCGACACUGUCUGUGGUCCCUUCACGGAAUUCGAGAGGUUCAACCAGGCGCCUUCCGAGGAGAAGGGAAACACAGGGGAGGCGGCUAGCAGAAACGCCAUAACGAACAAAAUCAACAAGGCCGAGGGUUUCAAAGCUGUUGACGAAACGAAACAAGAAGAAAACAAAGACGUUUACGAGACUGUGUUGAAGGAAAAGUCGGGGAAGUCGCAGUCCCAGGAACCCGGUUUGGCAUCUGUGACGACGGACGCUGACGAGCAGUGGCGGUUAUUAGCCUUGGUUCUGAUCGGGGUCUUGUCUGUGGUGUCACUUCUGCUCGUCAUUUUUGUGUUCAUCGCCUGUUACAUGCUGAAGAGGAAGCGAAUGAUGGAAAAAACUAUCAUCUGCAGCUCAG